AUGCAUAUAACGUGGCGCGAUUCACCCGAAAAUGCAAUUUACGAAUCUGCCCGCAUCGACAACGCAUUCAAUUUCCGCCGUCCAACACGACUUCCUCUCGCGAUCGUCAAAGCGACCAGCGCAGAUGAUGUCAUCGCAGCGACGCGUCUCGCCCAACAACAUCGAUGCCGCAUCACCGUCCGCUCCGGGGGUCACUCAUUCGGUGUGUUGAGUGUACAGGAUGAUGUUAUUUUAGUCGAUCUGCACGACUGGAAGGAGAUUGACGUUGAUGUUCAUCGGGGACUCGUGGCAGUGACUCCGGGCGUCGAGAGUAAGGCGUUGUACGAUCGGUUGAUUGUUGAUGGAUUGACGUUUCCGGUUGGACAUUGUCCCAGUGUCGGAAUGGGUGGGUUUUUGCUUCAGGGUGGAAUGGGCUGGAAUACAGAGACGCUGGGAUGGGCGUGUGAGUACAUCGAAGGAGCGGAUGUCGUGACGGCCCAAGGGGAACUCGUCCACUGCAGCAAGGACUACAAUCCAGAUCUUUUCUGGGCUGUGCGAGGGGCCGGACCUGCAUUCCCCGGACUGGUCGUCCGAUUCCAACUCAAAACAACUCCUCAUCCAAAAGCAAUCCACACAUCUGGAUAUGUAUACCCCAGAGAGAAAUACAGAGAGGCGUUUGACUGGAUUCGGAGUCUCCAACCGAACAUCGACAGCGAUACAACGUCAACGGCCGUGGUGCAGUAUCACGGCAAGAAGAUCUGUUUUGGAAUCUAUAUCACCAGCUGGAAAAACACCCCCGAAGAAGCGAAAACCGUCCUGCAAUCAAUCCAUCAAACCCGACCGACAGGGACAGUUGCAGAAUGGUGCUGUCGACCGGAAAAGAGUCUGGAAAAGUCUUUUCGUAUUCAGGAUAAAGGCAUGCCCAAGGGUUUGAGGUACUGCACUGAGAAUGCAUAUCUCAAGAAUGACACCGAUGUGUCUGCCGUUCUCGAAGAGGCGUUUUUGACACUUCCGCAUCGAAAGUCGAUUGCAUUUUGGACAUCCAUGCGGAAAGUCAGUCGACGGGAUGAGAUGGCUGAUAUGGCACUGAGUGUACACUCUGAUGACUACUUUGCUCUGUAUGCCAUGUGGGAGGACGAGAAAGAUGAUCAGCGCUGUGAAGGAUGGUUACGGAGCGUCAUGAUGCCAAUUGAACCUCAUACGGCGGGAACGUAUAUGGGCGAGACAGUUGGGUUGCGUCGCGGACGAUACUGGUCAGAGGAGAAUACGGAGCGAUUGAUGGAGAUUAGAAGGAAAUGGGAUCCAUAUGGGUUGAUUCAUGGGGGGUUUACUGAGAAUGCUGGAAGGAAGACUGCUAAUCUAUAG